AGAUUGUAGAAUUAUUGAUCAGGCACAAUAAGGACAGACUUGGUGAACUUCUCUACGCCUGUCCUGUAUACCGGGCGCCAAAACAGCUUUCAGGCUGCAUCACUGAAUGACUGACUGGGGAAGUAUAAAGUAGUAAGAUGCACAUCAAAUCCAUUAUCAUUGAGGGAUUUAAAUCCUAUGCUCAAAGAACUGAGAUCAAUGGCUUUGACCCCCUCUUUAAUGCAAUUACUGGUCUGAAUGGUAGCGGCAAGUCCAACAUUCUUGAUUCCAUUUGCUUUCUCCUUGGGAUCUCCAAUUUGACUCAGGUGCGAGCCUCUAAUUUACAAGAUCUUGUUUACAAAAAUGGUCAAGCUGGAAUAACUAAAGCUACAGUGUCCAUCACUUUUGACAACCAUGACAAAAAACAGAGCCCUUUGGGGUUUGAGGCACAUGAUGAAAUAACAGUGACCAGACAGGUUGUCAUUGGUGGAAGGAAUAAGUAUUUGAUUAAUGGAGUGAAUGCUAAUAACACUCGAGUACAGGAUCUUUUCUGUUCAGUGGGGCUUAAUGUAAACAACCCACAUUUUCUCAUCAUGCAGGGUCGAAUUACAAAAGUUUUGAACAUGAAACCUCCAGAGAUUUUAGCUAUGAUUGAAGAAGCAGCUGGCACCAGGAUGUAUGAAUGCAAGAAACUUGCUGCUCAGAAAACAAUCGAGAAGAAAGAAGCCAAGCUCAAAGAAAUUCAGACGAUUCUGGAGGAAGAAAUCACCCCAACCAUACAUAAACUGAAAGAGGAAAGGUCUUCCUAUUUGGAAUACCAGAAAAUCAUGCGUGAAAUUGAACAUUUAAGUCGUCUGUACGUUGCCUAUCAGUUUGUUUGUGCAGAAGAAACAAAGGUUCGCUCUGCUGAAGAGCUGAAGGAAAUGCAGGACUCUAUCCUGAAACUCCAGGAGGCCAUGGCAGCAAAUGAGAGCAAGGUGAAGGAACUGGGCAAAGAAAUAGCUGAGCUGGAGAAGAUGAGAGAUAAGGAAAUUGGAGGAACUUUGCGCUCAUUGGAAGAAGCUCUAGCUGAGGCCCAGAGAACAGAUACUAAAGCACAGAGCACAUUGGAUCUGAAGAAACAAAACAUGAAAGCCGAAGAGAAAAAACGUAAAGAACUGAUGAAGAGCAUGGAUGAGGAUGCUAAAGCUUUGGGGGCAAAAGAAAAGGAAGUAAAGAAAAUAACAGACGGCCUAAGCUCCUUACAGGAGACAAGUCAGAAGGAUGCUGAGGGCCUGACUGCUGCUCAACAACAUUUCAAUGCUGUGUCUGCUGGUCUGUCCAGCAAUGAGGAUGGGGAAGAGGCUACACUUGCUGGACAGAUGAUGACUUGCAAGAAUGAUAUUAGCAAGGCAGAAACUGAGGCAAAGCAGGCUCAAAUGAAGCUGAAACAUGCCCAGCAGGAAUUAAAGACCAAACAGGCAGAAGUUAAGAAGAUGGACGGUGGCUACAAGAAAGACAGUGAGGCGUUUGAAGCAGUGAAGAAGAACAAAGAAAAAUUAGAGACUGAAAUGAAGAAACUUAACUAUGAAGAGGGAAGAGAGGAGCAGCUUUUAGAAAAGCGCAGAGAUCUUUCUCGCACUGUUAACCGCCUCAGGGAAACAUACGAGUCCUUGAUGGCACGUUUUCCAAACCUUCAAUUUGAAUACAGAGAUCCAGAAAAGAGUUGGGAUUCAAAUCGUGUGAAGGGUCUCGUUAUCUCUCUCAUCACUGUUAAAGACAUCUCUACAGCAACUGCAUUAGAAGUGGUGGCUGGUGGACGGUUAUAUAAUGUUGUUGUCGAUACUGAGGUAACUGGAAAGAAACUCCUGGAAAAAGGAGAGCUGAAACGGAGAUACACAAUCAUUCCACUAAACAAAAUUUCAGCACGGCGCUUGGGACAAGAUGCUAUAAAUGUAGCUAAAAACCUGGUGGGUGCUGAAAAUGUUAAUUUGGCUUUAACUUUGGUUGGGUUUGAAUCGGAGCUGCAGAAAGCUAUGGAAUAUGUUUUUGGAACCACUCUCGUUUGUGAUACGAUGGACAAUGCCAAGAAAGUGACAUUUGAUAAAAGGAUACUAACAAAGACUGUCACACUUGGUGGGGAUACAUUCGAUCCUCAAGGAACAUUGAGUGGAGGUGCUCGCUCACAAAGUGCUUCUGUGUUAUCUAAACUUCAGGAGGUUAAAGAUGUUCAAAACGAAUUGAGAGCAAAGGAAUCAGAGUUGCAGGCAGUGGAGAAAGAGCUAACCAGCCUGAAGAAUACUGUUGAAAAGUACCGACAAUUGAAACAACAGUGGGAAAUGAAGUCCGAAGAAGCUGAUCUCCUUCAAACAAAAUUACAACAAGUUCCUAUCAUAAACAGCAAGAAGAACUGGGACACACUUAAAAAAACUAUAGAGGAAAGCGAGGAAACCUUAAAGAAAACAAAAGAUGUGCAGAAAAAGGCAGAGGAAAAGUUCAAGGUCCUAGAGCACAAGAUGAAAAAUGCUGAAGCAGAACGUGAGCGAGAACUGAAGGAAGCUCAGCAGAAGCUGGAUGCAGCCAAAAAGAAAGCUGAUGCCUCUAGCAAGAAGAUGAAAGAAAAACAACAGGAAGUGGAUGCCUUAGUUUUAGAACUAGAGGAGUUGAAAAGAGAACAAGCCACUUACAAGCAACAGAUUGAAGCUGUAGAUGAAGCUUUGAAAGCCUAUCAAGAGCAAGUUGACAGCAUGGCCUCUGAAGUUGCAAAAAAUAAGGAAGCUGUUAAGAAAUCCCAAGAAGAGCUGGCAAAGCAGAAGGAAAUAAUCAUGGGGCAUGACAAGGAAAUAAAGGCAAAAUCUUCUGAAGCAGGAAAGAUCAGAGAACAAAACAAUGAUUCACAGCUUAAAAUCAAAGAAUUGGAACACAACAUCAGCAAACACAAGAAGGACAGUGCUGAUGCUGCAGCAAAGGUUGCUAAAAUGAUUAACGAUUAUGAGUGGAUUGCGUCUGAAAAACACCUUUUUGGUCAAGCAAACACAGCGUAUGAUUUCAAAACAAACAAUCCUAAGGAGGCCGGGCAGCGACUGCAGAAAUUACAAGAGAAAAAAGAAAAAUUAGGCAGGAAUGUCAACAUGAGAGCUAUGAACAUGCUUACUCAGGCAGAGGAGAGGUACAAUGAUUUAAUGAAAAAGAAAAGAAUUGUCGAGAAUGACAAGUCUAAAAUUCUGGCCACUAUCGAAGAGCUUGAUCAGAAGAAAAAUGAAGCUUUGAAUAUUGCAUGGCAAAAGGUGAACAAAGACUUUGGUUCCAUCUUUUCCACUUUAUUACCUGGUGCAAAUGCAAAACUGGCACCUCCAGAAGGUCAUACAGUACUGGAUGGGCUUGAAUUCAAAGUUGCUUUGGGCAAUACGUGGAAAGAAAACCUCACAGAGCUUAGUGGAGGACAGAGGUCUCUAGUGGCAUUAUCUCUCAUUCUGGCCAUGCUUCUUUUUAAACCUGCUCCAAUUUACAUCUUGGAUGAGGUGGAUGCUGCUUUGGAUCUCUCACACACACAGAACAUUGGACAGAUGCUUCGUACUCACUUUAGACACUCACAGUUUAUUGUGGUGUCCCUUAAAGAUGGUAUGUUCAACAACGCCAAUGUCCUUUUCAAGACCAAGUUUGUGGAUGGAGUCUCUACAGUGGCAAGAUUUGCACAGAACCAGAAUGGAAGUAGCUCAGGUGCCGCAAAGUCAGACAAGGCAAAAUCCAAGGAUAAAAGAAAUCGCAUGCAAGUAGAUGCAUAAGAAAUGGUGUCAAGGACUCUCAAAUAACAGAUAUCUAUAUGCAUCAAUCAUUUAUCGACCCCUGUUUUUUAAAGUACCUUUUAUAUGAAGUAAUGUUAAUAUUUCACUAUUUUCUUUCACUUUUAAUGUCUCUCUGCAUUUGGCUAAAAACAUCAACUGUUUUCCUUUGAACUGAAACUAGUUUCAGCCUUGUUUUCUCACCGUUCUACUUGUAUAUAUUUACUUUCCUUUUUUUGUUCAGUCAAAAUUAUAUAUACUAAUAUGACUAUAAAACAGUUUCACAGUAAA